AUGGAAGGGAAGAACAGCACCAAUUCUACCAGGGUCCUGAAGCUUCCAGAUGGGACCAGUGCCACCUGGUACAUCCUCACCAUCUUUGGCAUCUAUGGAGUGGUUUUCCUUUUCCUAUUGGCCAGCAACAUCCUUAGAAAGAAUGAUAAAUCCUUGGAAGAUAUUUAUUACUCAAAUUUGACUUCUGAACUCAAAAAGAAAGGGCUCCAGAGCAAGGCAGCCAAACGCUCCACACUGACCAUUAGCAACAGAGCUGUCGUGCAGCCCAACCAGGCCAGCCUGGGGCCAAAGUGUGGAAACAGCGGGCCGCAAACCGAAAUCCAAGGGAUCCCUUGA